GUUGAGGCAAGACAAGGGUGGCGGCGCCUGGUGCCCGAAAAAUAUGGUCACGAAGGAGGGCAAGGAGUACCUCGAGGUGAAUCUGCACAGUCCGCGUAUACUAACGUCGACCAGGACCCAGGGCAGGUUCGGGAACGGCCACGGGGUCGAGUACACCGAAGAGUACUUCGUCGAAUAUUGGCGACCGGGGUUCAACAAGUGGGUGCGAUGGAGAAAUCGACGUGGCAUGGAGCUUCUAGCCGGCAAUAAUAAUCCGUACUCCGAGAAGGAGCAGAUCUUCGACCCAGCGAUCGUUGCCACGAAAGUCCGUUUCAUCCCUUACACGUCGCAUAUGAGGAUGGUGUGCAUACGAGUGGAGCUGUAUGGUUGUCCAUGGAUCGAGGGUCUGGUGUCGUAUUCCAUGCCCCAAGGAAUCAAGAGGGGCUCGGAGGUUGACCUCUCCGACAGGACGUACGACGGCCGGGAAGAAGCAGGCUACCUCUCCGGGGGACUCGGUCAACUUGUCGACGGGCAAAAGGGUCCUGACAACUUCAGAUUGGACGUCAGUGGUAACGGGAAAGGAUACGAAUGGGUAGGCUGGAGAAACGACACGCCAAGCAUGCUCGGCCGUCCUGUUGAAAUAACCUUCGAAUUCGACUAUUCGAGGAAUUUCACUGCCAUACACUUGCACAUGAACAAUUACUUCACCAAAGAUGUGCAGGUCUUUUCCUACGCGAAGGUUUAUCUUGGCGCCGGUGGAAACCAAUUCAACGGCGAGCCAGUCCAUUUCUCGUACAUACCGGACCUGGUGUUGGAGCAGGCACGUGACGUUACCAUAAAGCUUCACUCGCGCGCCGGCCGUUUCCUCAAGCUUCAGCUUUAUUUCGCGGCGCGCUGGAUCAUGCUCAGCGAGGUAAUCUUCGAAUCAGUGAUCUCCGAAUGGAACAACACCGACGACGAUGAGCCGAGGAACAAGAGUGCCAUUGUACUGGCGACCGGCAGCCCCUAUCAGAAUAACGAGGGUCCACUGCAGAGAGACGAAGUGAAGGCCACUUUUAAUAAGGAGGAAAACAACGAUAAUGCCCUUCCAGACAAAAGCAAGGAGCCAGAAUCGAAGCAGUUCGUCGGUCUGGUUAUCGGCAUAUUGACCACAGUGAUCGUAAUGCUUCUGGCGGCCAUCAUGUUCAUCUUUUAUAGAAACCGGAGGCUGAAAGCUGCCCUCGCGCCUUCGACGUUCUACGAUCAACACGGCGACUUGAAGGUCUCCGUGCAGGAGGAGGGCGAGGACAAGGGACCAAUUUGCCCUCCGCUUCCGGCGCAGUACCACCCGGCCACCUACACCACGACGACACCGCAACUACACAAAACUAUCACGGAUUACAGCGGGAUCACGGAGGUGCAGCCGGUUAUUCCGCUGUUGCUGAACACGGCGAUCAAUCUUGCCAGGCCAAUUCCGCCGGUUCAAGAAUAUCCAUCUAAUCCGCCACCCAUACCGCCGCCACCGGAAAAGUAUUACGCCAGCACGGAGAUCUGUAAGAAUUCGCUGCCACCGUUGCCACCGUCGCCGACACCGAGCACACCGCCGCCAAUGAGCGCGAAAGCCUCCAGCAGCAUGACAAGCUACAGUCCUGAGGAUAUGCUUACGGAGGAGGAAGACGAGGUGCCCGAGUGCAUCUUAGACUUCCCCCGGGAGAAGCUCAACAUCGUUGAAAACCUCGGCUGCGGAUACUUCGGCGACGUUCACAUUUGCGAGGUCGACAGGUUUCCUGGAUACGACGAAGUUUUCCGGAACACCAGCAGCGACCUGGUGAUCGUUAAGUCCCUGAGACCUGGAUCCUCGGAUGCGCUUAGGAUAGAAUUUCAACAGGAGGCAAAAAGGCUGGCACGGCUGGCCGAUCGGAAUGUCGCGCGGCUACUCGGCGCCAGCCUCGAAGACGACCCCAUGUGCAUCGUAUUGGAAAACGGCGAGUACGGCGAUUUGAAUCAAUAUCUGCAGAGCCACAUCGCUGAAACGUCCACCGUGCACACUGCCAAGACACUCAGUUUCGGCACGUUGGUUUACAUGGCCACGCAAAUAGCAUCCGGCAUGAAACACCUCGAGGAAAUGGACUUCGUGCACCGAGAUCUCGCCACAAGAAACUGUUUGGUGAGCCGUGGUUACACGGUGAAAGUGUCCGACUUGGGAUCCGGAAGAAACGCCUACGCAGCCGAUUAUUUCCGGGUCGAUGGCCGACCACCGCUACCGAUCCGAUGGAUGGCCUGGGAAUCUAUGCUGAUGGGAAGACAUACGUCGAAGAGCGACAUAUGGUCUUUCGCAGUGACGCUCUGGGAGAUCUUAACGUUCGCGAGAGAACAACCAUUCGAAGAACUGCCUGACCAUCGCAUCGUCGAGAACGCGACUUAUUUUUAUCAAGAGGAUGAUAGAAGGAUUAUUCUUCCAUUACCAAAGAACUGCCCGAAAGACAUCUACGAGUUGAUGCGCGAGUGUUGGCACAGGAACGACGUGGACAGGCCGAGUUUCCGCGAGAUCCACAUGUUCUUGCAGCGGAAAAAUCUCAGCUACAAGCACGCUGACACGAACGACACUUGAUACAGAGAACUAGAAGGCUGGAACCUUAUCCGGCUUUCUAUGAUCGGCGAGCUGAACGGGAACUGGUGGAACAGCCCCUCGACGACCAAGCUGCACCAAGUCAGACCAAGUUAGUACACCAAGGUCACAGUACAUCAUCCACUUCAAACUGACGAGUCGAGUCAGAAACAGAGGUAAAUCGAUAUCGCGAUCGUGUGACUCGUGGUGAAAAUGAUCCUUCGUUCUUCUAUUAAUUAUCAAGUGGAUUUAAAGACUGCGCUUGUAUGAUUGAAAAUUUGACUCGUACUACUUGAAACUAUCUCUAGAAACGAGCAAUUAACUUUAUAAUUAGUAAUUCACGGGACAGUCUGACUUUUGUUAUUAUUCUUAUUUCCAAAGGACAAGAGACAAUAAUUAUUUCCAGAUUAGAACGUACACGGCGAGGUUAGAACGAAUUUUUCAAUAUUGUUUCAUUUCAAUCUCUUUUCUCUGUCAGACAAUAAUUACCUUCGGUUUAGAAUGUACAAAAUUUUUAUCAUCACCUCGAGGUUUGAACGAACUUUUUAACACCUUCAUUUUACUUCGAUCUCCUUUCUCUGUCAAAGAGCGAGGGACUGCAAUCGCGCAAGUAUAAUUACGUAAAGCACAAUAAACGAGUACAUAUCUGCGGGAGAUCAUCCGGAGGACGAGGCCGAGAGGCCCGAUACGAAACAAAACGUUCCUAGCACGGGCCGCCGAUGGGCGGAAAGCACGUUCAAUAAAUCGCGCGCCGUUGUGAAAUUGAUACUGUCAGCAAACAAGCUCGUGACAUCAGCCGCAACGGCACUCGCGUCACGUUCAGAAUACACGUGGCCCCGUGGACUUUGGAAAAUCGCGCGAGAUGCAACGAACUGGCCGCGAGACACUAUUUCCAACACGCCAGCGAACGCUCCGUCACGCAAGAACGAACAGAACGCUCGAAAACAGCGAGAGACGUCACGUCGAUUUCGAUGAAUCAGCAAUACGAAGUUCCGUCGUGAUCAUCGAGAGGAUACGACGAUUGAACCAACGUUCCAUCGCGUCGCGAAUCGCGCGAAUCACGAGCUGGAAAACGUUCCCAGCUCGUUGACGGAAUUCAAACAGAUCCGGCGGAUGCCAACGAGUCGGAGAUGAAACACGGCGCGGUUUAUUUUUCGCGAGACUUGGGUUCAACAUCGGCGAGGAACGGAAAGCCGGGAGAUGCGCGUGAAAUUUUUCCAGGGAAUAUCUAGCAAGGUGAUCUGAUCCUGGCGUGGAAAUCAGCGAUCGAGAUAGUUGAAUACACACGCAGAGAUACCUAGAGAUACGUAUUAGCUCCCCGUUUCGACUUGUCUGAAGAAAGAAAGAGGAUGAAUGAUAUAAGAUUGGAUGGGGAAGGAGGGUUGGGGAUAAAAGGAAUUCGUCGAGCCACUGGCUUACGUUUAAGUUCCCUGAAACUAUUAAUAAGCUUAAGAUGCGCUUAGCCGAAGUGCAUAAAUGUUUGACAAUACCACUAGAGGUUGCAAGUAUAAAGAAACAAG